AAUAACUGUCGGUUGUAAUCUGUUUGUGUUGUAAAACAUUAGUCGUGUUACUAGAACUACACCGUCAUGAAAUACCUGAUAGUUUUGCUUCUCGUUUCAUGUUUGGUGCACGAGACUUUGGCUGGGAAGAAGAGAGAGAAGCUGAGGAUAUAUCUCAAGAAAGUGUACAGGAGUGAUCGCUUGUGGGCUCAAAUAGAAGACUGUGACGAGUACAAUGACUAUGAAUGGUACAACAUUGUUAUGACGUGGAUGAAAUUAACAACUAAGGAAAAACUGAUGGAAAAGCAAUUGAAAUGCAAGGAAGAGCUAAGGGAGAUGGUCAGGGAAGCACUGAAAGACCCUCUGGGCUACAUCACGGUUCACCAACCAUGUGAAUUUGGCCUCGGACAGUUCAACCUCUUCUGGUUUUACCAAAUGUUUCGCAAAGCAUUACCAUGCUAAACAUACAGACCACCCGGCAAAAACAGUUCUAUCAUUUACGUGUCUUAUUUUCUGCCUCACAGUAAAACAUAGAAACUUUAUUGUUCUAAAUAUAUAUUUCUGGUUAACCAAAGUUUAGUUAUUUCAACAAUUAAAAAAGGGUAAUGAAACUUAAAUGCAUAGAUUGAUAAUAAAAUUUUGAAAAAGUAAAUAUCCUACUGACAAUCAAUACAAGUUUGAAAUAAAGAACUUUUAAUACAAGAUAAAAUCCAGUGAUAUAGGCAAAAUCAUGAUCAUCUGCAUUCUUGAAGACAUAAUGAUUUCAACAAAACGCAAUUGUGCUAACAAAAUGGAUUUUCAAUUACACAAUCUUCACAGGGAUUUCUGUGAAAAGCUUUUAGGCUCAUCUUAAUUGAAAAAUCUAGCUGCUUGCAUGUCUCCACACUCCACAGACUAACAAAUCACUACCAACUUUAUUGGAAUAAUUAUUCGAUUAAAAAACACUACUUAA